GGUAUCAUGAAUAAAUCAGGGAUAUCUACGGUGACGUACUUUGUCAUGCUGGGCUUUCCUGGUCCCUGGAAAACGCAGAUCAUCCUUUUCUCAGUGAUUUUGUUGAUCUACGUCCUGACUCUGACUGGGAACAUGGCCAUCAUUUGUGCUGUGAGGUGGGACCACCGACUCCAUACCCCCAUGUACAUGCUCCUGGCUAACUUCUCCUUCCUAGAGAUCUGGUAUGUGACCUGCACAGUCCCCAACAUGCUGGUCAAUUUUCUCUCCAAAACUAAGACCAUCUCCUUCUCCGGAUGCUUCACCCAGUUUUACUUCUUUUUUUCCUUGGGCACAACUGAAUGCUUCUUCCUCAGCGUCAUGGCUUAUGAUCGGUACCUGGCCAUCUGCCGCCCCCUGCACUACCCCACCAUCAUGACUGGCCAGCGCUGCGGCAUUUUGAUAGCUCUUUGUUGGUUCAUGGGUUUCGUUGCACAUUCAGUUCCUAUAUUCUUCAUUUCUCAACUACCCUUCUGUGGUCCCAACAUCAUUGAUCACUUCCUGUGUGAUGUCGAACCACUGAUGGCAUUAUCCUGUGGCCCUGCACCCAUCAUAGAGUGUGUAUUCCAUUCUGUGAGCACUCUUAUCAUCAUUCUCACUGUUCUGUACAUCCUUGGGUCCUAUAUGCUGGUGCUCAGAGCAGUGCUCCAGGUUCCUUCUUCAGCUGGACAACGAAAGGCCUUCUCCACCUGUGGAUCCCACUUGGUGGUGGUAUCUCUGUUCUAUGGAACCAUAAUGGUGAUGUAUGUGAGUCCCACAUCUGGCAAUUCAGUUACAAUGCAUAAGAUCAUCACAUUGAUAUAUGCUGUGGUGACACCAGUCUUAAAUCCAUUCAUCUAUAGCCUACGCAAUAAGGACAUGAAAAAUGCCCUCCAUCAUGUUCUUUUUGGAAUGAGGAUUUUCCAAAGUUCAUGA